AUGGCUCCAUUCAAGGACAUCUUCAAGAUCAUCUCGGCUCUCAUCAAGAUAGCCGACAUCUCACUCAAAGCCAGAGCACUGAAACGCCGCCGCAAUGCGUCAAGAGAAUCAUCAUCAAAAUCAGAACCACCAAUGGCAGCAACUUUCAGAAAUGCCAACAGCGGCUGCCACGACGAACAAGAAUAUGACUCUGACGUCGACUCUUGA